UCUGACAAGAACGAACAGAAAAGGUAGAGAAAAAGAUAAUCUUGGAGAGAGAAAGAGGGAAUUCUAGAGAGAGAGAAGGGAGGCGCUGUUUGUGAAUUAUGGUGAUUGAAAACCCAUAAGAAAGGUGAGACGAACAGCGGUGAUCUCUUGGUGUUUCUAUCGUCUUUCUUGGAGGGGUUCCCGAAAUCAACGAUCAAAAGAAUAAGGGUUGGAGAAAGAAGAGGAAUCAGGUUAUGUGAUGGCUUCUAGAGCUGUAGUUCCGGAGCAAGAUAGAGUUGGAGGAAGGAAGCAAAAGAACGGUCAUGCCGAAGGCAGAAAUCGACGAGUUCUCGGAGAUUUUGGAAACUUCGUAACUGCACCAACUGUUGAGGGGAAACCUCAAAAUCAGAUCGCCCGCCCCAUAACAAGGAGUUUUGGCGCACAAUUACUGGCAAAUGCACAAGCUGCAAAGAGAAAAACAACAGCAAGAAGCUACUGGCAGAAAUUGUUGAUGAUUUGGCCGGAAAAGAUGGUGCUGUGAAACCAGCCGUACCUCAUAAGAAGGAAUCCUUGAAGCUGAAGGAGGCUAACUAAAAUUACUUGGCUUUCCUCAACACAUUAAAGAAAGGUAGAUUUUGAUUUGCUGACCUAAAAAUAAAUUGGUAGGGAGAUGCGAUCUUACCCGUUAGUUUUUGGAGCUCUUUGAUUGUUGUCGGCGAUUUUAGCUUCAUGAUAGCCUCUAUCUUUUCAGGGUUCGCCUCUAUCCCUCGUUUUCUAACCAUGUAGCUAAAGAAUUUUCCGCUACCUACUCCAAACAUGCACUUAGACGUGUUCAACUUCAUCCCAUUAGUCCUCCUUAUAGCGAACGCUUGAUUCAGGUGCAUCAAAUGAUCGUUGGAUCUCAAACUCUUUACGAGCAUGUCGUCCACAUAGGUCUCCAUUGACUUUCUUGUAUCUGUUCGUCUAGAUUCUUGGGAUGAAGUCUUUGUUGGUCCUAAUCUCUGUCUAGAUUUGUAUGUUCUGACUUUGGACUUGGACCAACAUGACCUCUGCUGGGAAAAGGUUCUUCUGGAACUCCAGGGUGGGAGUUACUAUUUUGCUUCUUCCUCUUCCUUGACUCACUUGAUUCUCCUAUAAUAGUUGGAAAAUAGAGGAGUUCGUUUGAUUUAACCUCUCAGUCUUUUCAUUUUCUUCUAACACCAAAUCAUUCAAAUUGUCUUUAAGAAAAGACAUUUUUCGCACCAUUGAAUCUAGCUGUCCUUCAGGUACUUUGUAUGAUUGGAUCAACAUUCUCCUCCAUGGACUGCAUAUGUUUGUGAAGAACAUUGGAGCUGCUACUUCUGUUGUUACGCCACUCUGAAAGAAAUAUUUGUGAAACCAAUAAAUAUAUUCAUCUACUGCGCAAAUAUUUCUGAGUUCAAGGCUGAUGACAGCCUGUCCAUAUUCUCUAGCCUUUUCUGCUCUACUUCCUUCGAAGUAUCCAUCUCCGAUGAAGUGUAUUUUGAUAAGUCUUCAUAGUCGGUUUGCAUUCGCGUCUUUCGAAUCUCUGUCAAGGAUCUCAACUUGCAAGCUUUAUAUCGAGCUCUAGGGUAGCUGCUGCUAUCUUGAUGGCUGCAACCCAUUCGUUUAUUAAUUUCUCGGUAUUUCGAAAACCUGAGGUUUAGUAUAGUGUCAUAUGUAGGAAUUUAUCUAUUCUGUUUCUACUGGUUGGGAUUCUACCAUGGAUUUCAGUGGAGUGUAGACGCCUCACUGCA